GCUCGUUUUCAUUUUAUAAAAAGUGCUCAACUUAAGCACACGUUUUAAUUUUCUAUUUUGCAAUUUUUAUUUUGAUUAUUUGGCAAAACUUAUUGUAAAAAUCGUAGCAAGUGAUAAUUAAAAAUCUCCACUUAAUGCUCGGUGCAAACCAAAUUUAAUAUCGCAGUGUAUGACACGAAUUAAUCAACACCAACAAGGAGAAUAAGAAAAAGAAGAAGAACAACUCCUCUACAAAAUGUUUUCCAGCGAUGCGGAGCUGUUGCGCAAUCUGGCCAAGACGCAGUCGACACGGGGUCAAUCGCCGCGUGAGAAGCGCGUCGGCCUCAUAGCUGCAAUGGGGCAUUUUAGGCCAAAAAAUGCCACGCCCAUUCAGUUUUACAACUAUGUGAGAGAGUUUUGCAUAAUGCACAACUGCAGCAUCGACGAGGCCAUGGAGAGGGCGCCCGACUCCUGGACGAAACUCAGCAAGGAUCAAAGGCAGCUCUACAAUUCCGAGAUGCACGCUGCUCUGCCAAUUCCUGUGCCCCGUCACCUAAUCUAUCGCGCAUUUCAAAUGGAGCGGGCCGGCCGCUGGAAGAUUAGCUCCAUGCCCGCCGCGAAUGGUGCGUCCACCACGUACUCGGUGGAGUCGUAUGCGCCGCCCGUCAAGCCCACCAAGAUGCAGGCGCGUUUGCGGGCGCAACAGCCGCGCUAUGACAACUUGGCCGAAACGUCGCCGUGCUGCCUGGAAUCGCCGCGAUCCCCAAAGAAGCAGCAGCUGCGUACUUUGACGCCGCCCGAGCAGCGAGCGCAGCGGGCGCAGCUGGAGAAGGGCACCUGUUCGCUGUCGCUCACACGGAUACUGUCCGAGGUGAGCCUCAAGGGUAUGCGCAGUGGCCGGGUCAAGGUGAUGCCGGUGGCCAUGAUGGCCAAAUCUCUCAGCGAGGGCGCCACCGAGUCGCAGCAGCAGCAGCAGCAGCAGCAACAGCAGUAUUCGCAGCCAAAAAUGAAGCCGGCGGCAAAUAGCAAAAGCAAAAAACCGCUAAAAAAGCCAUCGGCUGUGAGGAAGAAGCAGAUCGCCGUCAAGGCGAAGACGUCAGCGAAGCAGCCAUCCGCUGGAGUGUCCAGGACAGAUGUCAAGCGAAAGUAUCCAAAUAAUAAGAAAUAUAAGAAAAAAUCCUAAGCGGAACUUGUUCGGUGCUGAACCAGUUGAACAUACACAGAAUAUGAUUCAUGUUUGUUGUUUUCCCCCCACACACCCCACACAAACACUUACCUCCCCCCACCCACACACACACACAUCAACACACAGCAGGACCCUUGAGGACCCAACACACCCCAACAUACACAUCCGACUUGAAAGCCAAGUAUAUAUAUAUAUAUAUGCAUAUAUAUGAAUAUAUUUAUAUGCAUGCAAAACCCGUUAUAGUUAUCGAACGAUUGUCGUUGCUUAUCGAAUGUUUACACGAUUGUUUUAAUCACGAAUGCACCGAAUGUAUCUCGAAUGCUAAAUGGUUAGAAUGCUACUUGCUGCUGCCACUUAAAUUGGACUCAAAUCUACUCGAAAACACUCGAUUAACGAAAACCUAUUAAAUAUUACUCAUUGUAUUCAUUACACGUUUCCUAAUAUUGUUAAACCACAAAACGUUUAUACGAGCUGCUUUUCAACGCAGAGCACAAAAUACAACGUGAAGCUACACUCAA